CGCCCAGAUUUCUCCUCCCGGAUUAGCCCGGCUGCCUGUGGUGGCGGGACGGGGCGGCGGCGCCCAGCCCAGGUGGGAAUGGAAGAAGAGCCUAUAUAUGAGGACAUGGCAACCAAGGAACCAUCACAAAAUAGCGAUGUUGAAAACCAGCCGAUAGACCCCGAGUCAUGGAAAGAUGGCGAUAUUGUUAUGAUAACCAAGCCGGGGCCGUACAAGAUUACUGCUUUGGUGUGUGACAAAUGGCCAACAGUUGCAAAAACAGAAGCACACGAGGAGGUUGCUGAAACUAUGAUCGACGGAGCCCUUGCCAGUGGUGGUUCAGAAACAAAGGACACAAACAGGGUGUGCAGCGAGCGGGUGUCAAUGGUAAAACCCAAAGAACAUGGAAGGGGCUACGGUGCCCGAAGAUGCAUCAGCUGAGGAUGAUAAUAAUGAUUCAGAAUCAGACAAGGGUACGAUUGAGGUAGCACAAAUAAACUGUAGGUCUUUUUUAUUUUUAAAUCUUUGCAACAAAGAAUUUAAAAUAUGUUUUUGCUAUGUUUUUAACAGACAUCUUCAGAGGAUGAAAAGAGGUUGCCUUUAAGCAGAAUAACCAUAAUAUGUACCUGUUUCUUUUGUGUGAAGCAAGAUGUUAAAAAAAAGUCUGUAAAAAGUAAGGAAAGUGACCAGAAAAGCUGUGAAGAAAAAGAUGCCGUUAUGGCUGAUAUUAUUAGAGCUGUUGUAGUAAAAGCCAUUUACCACUGUUUGAAAAAACAACUUUUGGAAAACUGUGCAGCCUGCGUGGUAAAUGAGACCAACCCUUUUAGUCACCCUUGUAUUUUUUUGGGUUGCUCAGAAGUAUUUUAUUUCUUCUAAACUAAAUGUGGCCCAGCUUUUAAAUAUAAUUAUAGCUGAAGGCUACAAACUGAAAAAGCUUAACAUAACCACUGAAACUAUAACUGAGGUUGUUAAAAUGAUUAGGGAGGUUGCAGAAACACCUGUCCCGGUGGCCUUGCUGGUAGACCUUUCAAACGAGGUGGCAGCCGAUAUUGGCCAAUCGGUGUGUAGCAGGGUUCGUAAAAUGGAUUAUAAAACUUUUUACGUAUCAGCUUCUGACCGUAAAGGCUUAAAAAAUAUAUAUUAAUUA